AUGGAAACUAAUAGUGAGGGAUCCGAUACUUUUGAUGAUUAUGACUCUGACAAAGAUGCAGAAUAUAAACCACAUAAAAAGGAAUCCAGAAAACAUAUUAGAAAAGUUGGAAACACAUCUGACAAAGAGAACAAGAGCACAUUUGGAGAAGAACAGAAUAAACAUACCAUGAAAAGCUCUAUGAAACAACCCGUGGAACAUUCUCUAGGACUUCUCGCAGAACAUCCCGUGGAACACACUAUGGUAUGUUUCCUGGAACACUGCCUAGAACAUCCCGACGAAUAUCCCAAGGAAGCAUCCGUGGAGCCUUCCGUAGAGCGCCCCAUGGGUCGCCAUGUCGAAAGCCCUGUAGAACACCCCAUUGAGUCUGAGGAUUUAGUAGAGCACCAAACCGAAAAGAAGCUUUCACGUAAAAGAACUAGGGACCCAAAAUCCUGGGCACACAAUAUUCGAAAGGAAAAAUAUGAUAGAGGAAUGGAGUACGUGUCAUCAAGAAAAAAACUUCGUCCAGCUAGAAAAAUUGUAACAAAAAAAGAUUGUUUAAAUAGAUGCCACUUUAAAUGUGCUACAAAACCAACUGAAGAUGAUAGGAAAGAUAUUUUUUCAAACUAUUAUAACUUAGACGCAAACGAGAAGAGAAUGUUUAUCCUAAAUACGACUAUAAAGUGUAAGGUUGAAAGAAGGAGAAAGGGAAAAAACUCUGAUAACUCACGAAAAAUGAAUAGUUAUGGAUAUUUUUUCAUAUUAAAUAACAACAGACUACAGGUCUGUAAAGACUUUUAUUGUGGAACAAAGGCUAUAAGCCAAAAACCUAUAUAUACCGUCCAUAACCAUGCAACGAAUUCCCACACACUCAAAAAAAGCACACAGGGAAAGCAUAAGAAGUAUAUUCCAGAAGAGACUACAAGUUUAGUGAAAGAGCAUAUCAAAAUGUUUCCUGUCGUAGGGAGCCAUUAUUGUCGCGCAGAAACAAAAAGGCAAUACCUAGAAGGUGAACUGUCAAUUAAGAAAAUGUAUGAGCUCUAUGAAGAAUUUGUAGCAGAAAAGGGUUUAAGCCCUGUAAAAUUUCACAAAUACCGUGAAAUUUUCUGUACAGAGUUCAAUUACUCUUUUAUUAAGCCAGUAAAAGAUUUAUGUGAUCUUUGUGCCGAGGUAGAUUUAAAGAAAAAAGAAAAUAACCUUACUGAUGAAAAGAGAUAUGAAUUUGAGAGACAUAUUAAAGAAAAGAACCUUAUGAGAGAAGAGAAGAAAGCAGACAAAGAAAGUGGCAUACCAAUUCUGAAUUUUGACCUAGAAAAUGUUCUAACUUGCCCAAAGGGAGGAGUAAAGAAUUUUUUUUACAAGGCUAAGCUUAAUGUUUACAACAUGACCGCACAUCUUUCAAUUGACCGAAAAGUUUAUUGUGCAGUUUGGUCAGAAGCUGUUCAUAGUCGUGCUGGUAAUGACAUCGCAAGCGCUGUCUACAAAAUUCUAAGAAGGGUUACAGAAGAUUGUCCUCUAUUGGAUGAGCUGAUUUUGUGGAGCGAUAGCUGCGUCCCACAAAAUCGGAACAGCUUAAUGAGUUAUGCUAUUGCCCAUCUUUUACAAGUCAGUUCGAGCUUAAAGAAAAUAACAAUGAAAUUUUCCGUACCAGGGCACUCAUGCAUCCAGGAAGUCGAUUCCGUGCAUAGCGCAAUUGAGCGCACUCUGCGUAAAUCUGAAUACUCGUCUCCCAUUUCUUUGAUUCGGAUCCUUUUAAAGGAUGAGGACCUAAAAGCGAAAAACACAAAGGGACACUACAUCUCGAGAUUUUAUGUAGAGGACUGUUGUUGCGGUCAUUGUGGACAUGCGUAAACUAAAAACUGUUGCGCGUGUGGCAGAAACAUUUUACACAACGCUACAACGCUAUGUCAAAAAAUUAAGCACAGAGUUUCAAGUGUUUAUGGAUCAUCUUAUCAAUACACUGUUACAGUGUUGUUACUCGUGGAUAAUAAUUUACCUCACAUUGAAAUUGAUGUGACUGAGCUAAGAGAAACUCAGUCAGCUUACUAUCGUUCGCUCUGGCGAUUAUGCUUACUAAUGUAUGUAACGCAUUUAAAAAAGGCUGGUGUUUGGCCCUUCGACUCGAAUAUUUUUACAGACAACGAUUUUGCACCGUCUUCUGCCACCAUCAAUCAAAAUUAUAAAAUCAACCCCUGAUUGGAGAAAGCGCCUCUGAAGAUACCGAUGAGUGAAUCUUUAUGGACAGCGCUGUUGAGAUUAGUCUAUCAACAAUUCAGCAAGAUCCUAAGCGAAAUGACGGUACAAGUGAACCAGGACCUUCAGGUAUUCAGCAUGCUUACUGUUGAAAUGACUCUUUACCAUCAGCUGAUCAGGAGGUAGUUUAUGCAAAUUGUGAAAAGUAUUCUAAGCCAUCGGUCAAAGUUAAGAGUCAGGCCAGAUCAGUACGGAGCUUAGGAGGAAGAGAGAAGAUGAGGACGCUGUGCAUUUCUCACAGGAAUUAAUAAUACCAUCGCCCUAAGCACCUCAUCGAUUAAUUGGAGGUCAUAAAGGACGUGGAACAAAGUCAGCUGUUUCUUACAGAUACUCUCUAGAAAAAUGCUUUAUCAGAAGAACAGGCUAACAAGCAAAAAGAAGAAAGGCCACGAAUAAUAUUAAAGAUAAGUAGAAGGGAAAAGGUGAUAAACAAAUGAAAAAUCUCCAAUGAAGAGAAUAAUGAACUGAAUCAUAUGUUGUGAUGCAUGCUCUAACUCUGCUCCUGGGCAGGAUAGACAAGAUACUUUAAAUUUAAAAUAUCCAGAAGAAUAAGUCUUGUUUGAUUUUUUCAUUCUAUUUAGUAUUAUAAAGCAAC